CAAUUCACCUCUAAUUCGUGUGUGUUUUUUCAGUCUGAUGGUUCAACUGGGAAGGAAACCGAGGUGAUUGACGAACCCUUCUUUGUUGAUUUGUUGGGGGAAGAGAGUGACGAAUAUUGGUUUGUUGGUUUGUUGAUCAAGUUUCUGCACAGCAUAUUCAAGAAGGUUUCUCAACGUGCCAAUAAGGCCUCUCACCUAUUUUACCUGUUGCAAUAUCGCUCCACUCGGGUCUUCUUGUUGGCUACGAUUUCAUUAUCAAAGCUCUUCAUGAGAUGCACAGUGUUUGUGGUUAUCCUACUCUUACGUUUGAUUUGGGCUACUGUUUCGUAUUUCCAAUGAAGUGGGAACAGUUUUAACGUAGGUGAGAGUUCCUUCGAUGCUGCACAACCAUGAACCUAACCUCAUCAUUUGCUAAAGCUAAAGACUAGAGCCAUUUCUUCUAGAUUCUGGAUGGAAUGCUGUAAAAUCCAAAAGUUUGUAUGGAUUUUGAAUUUUAUAUGGAUGUGCUAGUUUUUCCUCUUGUAAAUGUGAUUAGCAAAGUGUAAAUUUGACAAGCAUACUUGUUUAUACUAUUGAUUGAAUGCUUCAUGUACUCUGACCUCACUUGUGUAAGGCUAGAAAGGAAUGCAAAUUGGUGACAUGGCUUGGCUUCA